UUGUAGAUGGCGCUGAGUUUGUUGAAAUGAAACGCGAAAUGGUUCAGAUAUAAAAAUGUUUUUAUAUCUGUGAUAAGAACAUUAAUUGUUCUUAUAUCAGUGGUUCCCAUGGGAUUUAUUGUCUCCCGACACUAUAAACGUGCCGCUAAGAAAUUAUCUGUUCUCAGAAAUGUCCUCUCUUGGGAAUUGGAAUUUUAGUACUUCUGACAGCUUCAUAGAGACUUUGCUAUUUUUUAUAGGAUGUUUUUGGUGGGCACAGUUGGUGGAAUUGCAAUGCUACAAUUUUGAUUUCAAGGUUACGACCGCAACCUUUUUUCGUUUCAUAACUUUUCAUAACAAGGUUUCUAAGCAACAAGAUAUUUAUUUUGUUUGAUAUUGUUAAUACCUAGGUAAUUAUUGAAGACGCUAUAGUGGUAUACCUUUUUGUGGUGUUACUUUAUUGUAUUAUAUUACCUAGAUUCAACUUGGAUACAAUCCUUAAUAAUAUAAAGAAAUAAUUUUGUACUCUACAACGAAACUAUGGGAGAAAAGAAUACUAAAGAAAAGAGAUCUCUGAAUAGUCUUAUUAUACAUCCAGCCAUCGAACCAGGAGUCAUUGAUAAUGCUAUGAUUACACGAUGUAUAUUAGAAUAUGGCCCAAAAGAGGAAGCCGGAAGAUUAUUCGCAGAAGAAGGUGUACAUCUAGAUGAAGCACCAAUCGUGCGUUUAGAAUUCCAAAAUAUUCUUAGAAUUGACCAUCUUUGGAUGUUGACAUCGUUAAAAAAACUAACAUUAGCACACAAUCAAAUAGAAAAAAUCGAAAACCUUGAAAGACUUACUGGGCUCAUAGAAUUGGAUCUGUCAUUUAAUAAAAUCGAAAGGAUUGAAAAUUUAGAGGAGCUUGUAAAUCUUGAAAUACUAACGUUAUUUCAUAACAAAAUACGAAAACUGGAAAAUAUGGAAACUCUUGAAAAUUUACUCGUAUUUAGCAUUGGGGAUAACUUUAUUGAGGAUUACAAAGAGAUGGCGUACUUGCGUCAGUUCAGGAAACUUCGCUCAGUGAGCUUCAAAGGUAAUCCUUGCUGCGAUGACCCCAUGACUUAUCAGUUCCUCAGAUCUGCGUUAGUCAGAGUAACUUAUUUAGAUUACAAAACUAUCACGGAAGAAGAACGAGAGGACGGCAGAUCGAUAUUCAGAGGUUUGUUGCGAAGACUGGACGAAGCCGACGAAAAAACCGAAAAAGAAUGGAUAGCCAAACAGGAAUACGAUGCGAGGGUGGAAUUUUACGCGCUAUCCUUCGUAGAAUAUCUCAGUGGUCCAGAGUUGAUAGAAUCUAUGUUCGAGAAAGACCCGGACGGAAGUUUACUAUUGAAAGUGGGCGGUGAACUAAUAGGAUUUUUCGAACAGUACAAGGAUCAGUAUGUGGAAACGAUGGCAGGCUUGGUGGAAUUCGCUCAAGGUGCUUAUAACACUAGACAGAAUGAAAUAAAGCUGUUCAAAGAGUUGGUCGUCAACGCUUUGGAAGAUAGCGUACAGAAGAGUAAAAUAAUAUUGGAAGAGUUUGAGAAGAAGAAGCAGCCCCUUGUUGCCCAAAUGAAUGACAUGAUCCAUAAAUUUACGACAAAGCAAGCUACAAUAGAAGAGCUGGAGCCUAAAGUAAUGGAUCUUGGGGAAGCGUUUAAUGACCUACUCUAUGAGGUGUGGAAGGAUCUCAUGACCAUAGAAAUGCGGCUAUAUGAACAGUGUGAGGAAUCCCGCGUACAAUUCUCUGUGAACAUGACGGAGAUGAUAACAAAACUUUUAGAAGUAUCUCGAAACGCAUUCGGCGCGUGGCGCGAGACUGAGGGCUUGUGGUCGAUGCGGCAGUUUGAGUCGCUUUCCAAGCUGCUUGGCAACAAGAUCAUGCUGGGAGACGCCCCACCGGACCUCUUCGAGAUAAUGAUGGAUCGCGACGCGAUGAUGAAUUUAGUAGCGCAGUCAUCAGACAACCACAUGAGGUUUAUCGACGCGAGAGAAGAUCUGCUCAUGACGCGAGCCAAUCAAUGGAGGGACGACUUGGUUCAGGGAACUAAUGAAAAUGAGAUUAAACGUAACAGAGAUAGGAUACUCGAAAUAAACUACUUCAUAGACAAUCAGAGAGAAGAUUGGACGGAUAUGCAGAUGGGCCUUUCUGAAACCGUAGAUCCAGAAACGGCUGCGUUACUUGGAGACGAUUUAUACUAAAUUAAUAGUAAUAACAAUCAUUAAUAAUUCUAACAGUACUGAAAAGCAGAGAAAACUAUUGAUGAAAAAAUUUUACAUUUUGAUUAUUGUUUUUAAACAACAUAAUUUUGACAUACCUAACUUUCCCUUUAGGAUCAAAAUAAAGAAAAAAUGUCAUUUAGGUACAUUAAAGGUCUAAAGGUAAAGUUUGUGUACAACGAGUUUUUAUAAUUAAAACUUUCUAGUCACA